AAAGGACGGAAAUAUUCCAUGUAGUCAGCCCACUGCCAUUUUUUUUAUGUUGCCCACUGCUUGGCCGGUCUUUGAUUCCUUGCCACUGGUGAAACCUUCUAUACCAUUGGGCAUAGCUUUCGAGUUGGCUUUACAACAGUGGGUGCACUCGUAACCGAAGUCUGUGAAGCGAUAUGCAGACAUAUGGAGCAUAUAUAUUUACCAGAACCAACAGAGAAUAUAUGGGAAAAAUGUGCUGAAGAAUUUGAAAAUAGAUGGG